AUGCAGGGCACAUGGAGUGAGCUGGCGCCAGAGUUUGUGCAAUGGCAGCAGGAUCUGGUGGCCUGCCUUCUGGAUCUUAAAGAAGACUGCGUUAUGUUCAGCCACUAUGUCGCGAUAAAUGCGGCGGUGGGUGCCGCUCAGAGCGACGACAGGAUGCGCAUAUUUGCGCCGGACAACUGCUCGGUUACCACGCUGACCAACGCAGACGGCAAACUCGGUAACGCCAUGCGCUUUCGAACCCCUCGCUUACACCUGGCCUGGCUGUGCAGCCUGAGCCUGUACAUGACAUCGGCGGCAACACCCAUCGGCGCAUCCGAAUGGCCAACCUACGGCAACGAUCCAGGCAGCUCCAAAUACGCACCGCUGGACCAGAUUGACGCGUCUAACGCAGCCAGACUAAGCCUGGCCUGGCAAUGGACAUCUCCGGACAACUCCAUUGUUGAAGCUAACCGUGCCUUAACCCCCUGGGGUUUCAAAUCAACGCCGUUGAAAAUAGGCAACCGGCUGUUUAUCAGCACAUCGCUCGGACAGGUUGCUGCCAUCGAAGCGGAUACCGGCACAACCCUUUGGACGUUUGAUACCCGCUCCUACGCGCAAGGCAGGCCGACUAACCUGGGUUUCAAUCAUCGUGGCGUGGCGUAUUGGCAGGACGCUGAAAACAGCGAAGAUGAGCGCAUCCUGAUGCCAACCAACAAUGCCUACCUAUGGGCGCUGGACGCCAAAACCGGCAAACCCGUGGCAGAUUUUGGGGAUAACGGUCGUACAGAUCUGACACUGGGGUUAGGCAGAGCGGUUGACCGCAAACUGUACUCUGUGAUCUCCGCGCCCAUUGUUGUCAAAGACAUCCUGGUGGUGGGUUCUUCAAUCAUGGAUGGUCCGCGCAACAAAGAAAUGCCGCCGGGACACGUGCGCGGGUUCAAUAUCCGCACCGGGGAACAGGCGUGGAUGUUUCAUACCAUCCCCCAGGGCAAAACCCCUGGCGCAGAUACCUGGCAGGAUGAAGCCUGGCGAUACAGUGGCAACACCAACGUCUGGACCGGCAUGAGUGCUGAUCUUGAACUGGGUUAUGUCUACCUGCCUACCGGCACGCCAACAAACGAUUGGUACGGUGGUCACCGCCUGGGACAGAAUCUGUUUGCCGAAAGCCUUGUGUGCGUGGACGCCGCAACCGGUGAGCGGGUCUGGCACUUUCAGAUGGUGCACCAUGGUUUAUGGGACUACGACCUGCCCGCUGCGCCGACGCUGGUGGACAUCAACGUUGACGGCAAAACCAUCAAAGCGGUUGCUCAGGUAUCCAAACAGGCGUUUGUCUACGUGUUUGAUCGCGUCACCGGCGAACCGGUCUGGCCCAUCAACGAAACCAAAGUGCCAACAUCAAAGGUGCCCGGCGAAAUAACUUCUCCUACACAACCUAUUCCCAGCAGACCUGCGCCCUUUGAUCGCCAGGGUUUGCAGAUUGAUGACCUCACUGAUUUCAGCCCGGCGCUGCGUAAAGAAGCCGAACAGAUCAUCAGCGCCUAUGACUACGGUCCGCUGUACACACCACCCAGCUUGAAAGGCACCAUUAACGUACCCGGCUGGGGCGGCGGCGCGAACUGGUCCGGGGCCGCCUUUGAUCCUAAGACCCAGAUGCUUUACGUCCCGUCCGUGACGGGGCCGAUGGUUGUCAAACUCAGCAAAGGCAACCCAGAUGAAACCAACUUCAACUAUGUCCGCAGCGCAAGCAUCAACCGGCUUGCCGGGCCGCAAGGUUUACCAUUGACAAAACCGCCCUACGGCCGCAUCACGGCCAUCGAUUUAUCCACCGGCAACCACGCCUGGAUGGUACCCAACGGUGAUGGGCCGAGGCAGAAGGUGAUCGACCUGGGCCUGGCUGACCCAGGCCCACUCGGCGGGUCCGGCACCGGUCCGGUCGUUACCGAUACGCUGCUGUUUCUGGGCCAGGGUGAUGGCAAACGCAACCUCCUGCGUGCGUUUAAUAAAUCCAACGGUCAGGUUGUUGCGGAGAUUGAACUACCCCUGCGGCCAUGGGGUACACCCAUGACCUAUAUGAGCAAUGGCAAACAGUAUGUGGUUCUAGCCACUGGCCAGGGCGCCAAUGCCGGGCUCAUCGGAACAGUGAUACAACAAUUUGCCCAGCACAAAGUGGCCGCCAACAUGGUCAUGAUACUGAUGAUCCUGGCAGGCGUUUGGGCUGCACGCAGCAUGCCCACCAUGCUGGAUCCACCGGCAAAUUUUCCACUCGUAUCCGUGCAGGUGACCUGGGUCGGUGCUGCCGCAGAAGACAUUGAAGCGCUGAUUACCACGCCCAUUGAGCAGCAGCUGCGAACGGUUAAAGAUCUUCACAAACUCGCAUCUCGCACCGUUAACGGGUACACCUACAUCCAGGCGUUAUUUAACUAUGACGCAGAUAUGACUCUGGCCCUGGAUGCGGUCAAACAACGUGUUGCCAACAUCCGCAACUUUCCACGUGAUAUUGAACCUCCUCAAAUUGCCCGUUUAAUUGAUACCGAACCGGUUUCAACAUUGCUGGUCACCAGCGACGGCACCCUUGCAGAACUGAUUCCACUCGUGCGCAGUUUUGAAAAAGACCUUCUACGUCGAGGUAUCGAAGGUAUUCAGUAUGACGGCCUGCCUACCGAAGAAAUUGCCAUAUUAGUCAGUGGCUCACGUCUGCAGGAGCUGGGCUUUACCCUGCAGGAUGUCGCUGCGGAAGUAGGACGGGUCAGCCAGGACGUCCCCGCCGGCGCCGUUGGACGUGGUCAGGGCUCACACCAGUUACGCAGCCUGGAUCAACGCAGAGAUCCACUGGCGUUUGAACAGCUGCAACUUGAAUCUGAAGGGCAGCUGUUACGUUUAAAAGACUUUGCCAGCGUUGUACGCCGCCCCCAGGAGGGACAGCCGCGCGUGACCAGCGAAGGCAGAGUAGCUAUUGAAAUGAUGUUGUGGCGCGAUACCAGCUCUGAUGCAUACGCGGCCGACAAACUUGUUAAGUCGUGGAUGGAAGAUAUUCGCCAGACACUGCCUGCCGGGGUUGAAGUAAAAGAAAUCAACAACGUCUGGGCCCUGCUCGGCACCCAGCUCAAAAUGAUUGCGCAAAACGGGAUGUCAGGUUUGCUGCUGGUGGUUGCUGUGCUGUUUCUUUUUCUUAACGCACGUGCCGGUUUCUGGGUGACCGUGGGCAUACCUGUCAGCUUCAUGCUGGGGCUGGCGAUGUUCUAUGCCUUAUUUGGCUACGGCAUAUCUAUUGUUGCGCUGAUCGGCUUCAUUAUGGCACUGGGUAUUGUGGUCGACGAUGCCAUUGUUGUCGGAGAGGAUAUUGUCAGUUAUCACGAACAGGGGAUGUCAGCCGCCGACGCCUCCGUUGCUGGCGCGCAACGCAUGUUUCUACCCGUCAUGACCUCUUCUUUAACCACUAUGGCAGCAUUUAUCCCCUUACUGAUCAUGGGCGGCAUGAUGGGCGAUAUGGUGCUUGCACUGCCAACCGUACUGUUGUGUGUGAUCGUCGCUUCACUGAUUGAAUGUUUUCUGGUCUUACCCGGACAUCUGCGACACUCCCUGGCCAGGGUGAGCGUGCAGGAAAAGCCCGCUUGGCGAAUCAGAUUUGAGGCAGGAUUUGCGCAUUUCAGAGACAACAGAUUCAUGCCUUUAGUGGACAAAGCGCUGCGCCACCCCACUACCACCCUGUGCGCGGCAUUCGGUGGCGUAUUAGUGGCCAUCUCGCUGGUGGCAUCCCAGCACGUGGGUUUCAAUCUGGUCACUGGCUUCGACUUUGAAUCCGCCUACGCCAACGUGGAAUAUGCCGGCUCAGCCACUGACGAACAGAAACUCGAGUUCGUAGAACAUCUGGAAAACACCCUCGUUGAGGCGAACAAACAAACCGGCGAACAGAAUGUCCUGGGCUGGACCGCCCGCUACAAUCGUGCCUGGUUCAACAACGACCGCCUGCAGGGUGAGCAAUAUGCAUCCGUAAAUGUACAGUACGCCUUUGAGGAACAGCGCAAUACAAGCCCGGCAGAUUUUGUCGACUUGUGGACAAGCCUGGUCACUAAACCACCCUUCGUUGAGCAAUUGACUAUCGCCGUUGACGGCGGUGCUAAUAACGGGCAGCCGGAUAUAACCCUGAUUCUUCGCGGCAACGACACAGAAAAACUCAAGCAGGGUGCAGAAGAUCUUUCGACGAUGUUGUCGAGUUACCCCGGGGUGUCCAAUGUCACGGACAACCUUCCCUACGGCAAAGACCAGAUCAUUUUUGAAAUGACCCCCAGUGGUCGAGCCCUGGGCUUGACCGCCGAGCGCAUUGGCAGCCAGCUUCGCGCGGCCUACUCUGGCGAGCGCGUGCAGAUAUUCAACGAACUCGACAAUGAACUUGAGGUGCGCGUCAUGCUGCCUGAUCACGAGCGCGAAAGCCUCGGAUCAUUACAGAAAUUCCCCAUACGCACGGACGACGGAGCGUAUGUGCCGCUUGCUAACGUUGCGGUCCUCUACAACCGACGCGGCAUCGAUGUCAUUCGACACUCCGACGCCCAACAGGCCGUUGCUGUUUCUGCCGACGUAAACGAAGCCGUGAAUAAUGCCAUGUCUAUUGUCAGCGACAUUGAAGAAAAUCGUCUGCAGGAACUCCUUGACCGCCACGGCCUGACAUUUGGCUUGGGCGGCCAGACGGAACAGGACAAAAUAAUGCUCGAGACCAUGGCCCUGGGCGCCCUGCUGACGCUGGGGCUUAUCUACCUGAUUCUGGUCUGGGUUUUUUCUUCUUAUUUGUGGCCUCUGGCAAUCAUGGCCGCCAUUCCUUUCGGGCUUACCGGCGCCGUCCUCGGACAUUGGGUGACCGGCUGGGAUAUCGGCGCCAUGUCACUGCUGGCCUUUUUCUCCCUGACCGGAAUUGUUGUAAACGACUCGAUUGUAUUGAUCAGCUUUUUGCGCCGCCACAUCGAUGACGGCACUUCGCUUGUCGAAGCCUUGCGUAUGGCGGUGCAAUCACGCUUUCGCGCGGUCAUCCUGACCUCUCUCACCACCAUCGCCGGGCUACUGCCGCUGAUGUUCGAAAGCUCAACCCUGUCGAUGUACUUUGCCCCUAUCGCCAUCACCAUCUGUUUUGGCUUGAGCCUGGCGACACUGUUAGUGCUGAUUGUUGAAGGCGACUGGGUUAAACAAGGCGACCUUCUGGUCCAACUUGAUGACCGCGAAAGCAAGCUGCUGGUACUUGAGCGAGAAGCCGAGCUUGCUCAGCACAAAGCCAGCUUAGCCAGUAUGCGUAACCAGUUCGACCUGGAACAAAUGAACAGAGAACACUUCGCCUCCAAACUGGACGUAGCCAACGCUAAGCUUGCUCGCCACCAGGACCUGAUGACAAAACGCCUCAUCGCAAAAGGUCUGUUAGACGAAGUCAGGGCACAGGCAGACCAGGCUGCCAUCGACUACCGCGCCCACCAGCAACAGCUGGCUAAUCUUCCCAAUGAAAUAGCGGCACAUGAAGCUCGCGUAGCCAAGGCCAGCGCCCUGCUUGCAAAAGCGAAUCUGGACCUGGAAAAAACACAGAUACGCGCUCCAUUUGAUGGACCGGUGCUGGCCGUGCUGGCCGCCACCGGAGAUCACAGCAACCUCAGCAUGCCAUUGAUCGAAAUGGCUGAUAGCCAGACUUUUGAAGUACGUGUACAGGUUCCAGAAAAUUAUGCCGGAGAAUUCUCCACACCAAGCCUGCAGAAUACGGUUUUUGCCACCACUGAAGCUGGACAUCGUUUAAUCCUCACCCGCCUGGCUGCCAAGGUGAGCAAGGGUCAGACUGGCAUGGAUGCGUUUUUCACUUUCACGCAAGCAGAAGCCAGCAAAACCUUACUGGGGCGGGUCUUCAAUCUCACCGUGGAGCUGCCCGCACAGACUGAUGUCAUUGCAGUGCCUGUACAGUCAAUUUACGACAACAAUCGCUGA